GAGUCUUAAGUGUUAACAGCACUUGUCCCUUCAGUCUGUAUAAGGCUAUUCAGGGGGUUCUUUGUACACACGUGGAAUAUAGUGUACAGCAGAGUAUUGCACUUCGGUUUUCCCCCACGUCCCCCCUACGAAAAGUCUGAGCGUUCGCCACUUUGAAGGAGGAAUCCUCCUUUGAAAGAGUGAAGGCCAAGACCGAGGCAGCUGCUGGCGCAGCGCUCCCGAGUGGCACGGACCAGGCGCAAAGAGAGAGCGGCGAGACCACCGAGAGUGAGCGAAGAGAUCGACUCGUCCAGAUACCGACGCCUCGGCCAGCCUCAAUGUUGAGUUUCCCUUCGCGUUGCGAAGGGUCCAAAGAAGAAGAAGAAGCCGGCAACUGGUGAGGGUUCGGUGAGUUUGGGGAAUCGUGAGGCACGAGGGGUGAGUGACCACUCGCCCCGUGGAGCCACUCAAAUCCAGCGCCAUUCACCAGAGCUUCUCUCUCACGCCGAUCAGUCGGUGUGGUCUCACCGCCCUCACUCGGCUACGCCGCUGGCUGGCGGCGUGCCGAGGAUGGCAAUGGAACCCCCGCAGGAGAUCUUCCAUGUGGCCGGACGACGGAGAGAGAUGACGGCGAACAGCGACGCAGCCAGGACCCAAGAAUCCACACGCGAACCCCGAGCCCCGGGUCCACUCUCCCUUAUAUCCCCCCACGCGUGGCUAGGCCCCGCCUCUGGCCACGCCCUCUCGUGGAACCUUCGAGCAGGUUCCCAGAGUAUCUCGGCUAACCCCACCUGUUACCUUUGCCCCAGAUACCUCUCCUUCUCUGAUUGGUUGUUACUUUAACUGUGCCCGUACCCGUGUUUCCCUUUCCCGUCCAGCAGAUGUCACCAUGCCAUUACACAUGUACCAAUCUGCUGUGAAUGUGACAUUGGAAAGAAAUAUCAAGACACAAACAGCAGGAAGGCACGACCCCCAUAAUGCCUUGUGUACAUGUUCUGUGACAACCACAUUGCUUGUACAUUGUCCUCAGCCUUGUCUAGACCACCAACUCAACAGAGAGCUGAGAGUGUGUCCGUAUUGUUUAGGACAUGGAUGUGACCAUAGGGGUUACGCCCUGGCGUGGUCAAGUCCUGGGAGGUUGCUGGCUCCAGUCUGCUCUGCUCUUCGCCCUGCUCAUGGUCAUAGGUCAUGCUGGAGCCAGGGCUACCUGGGCUGACUCUGCUGACCCUGACGACUUGGUGAACAAACCACACUGGCCUGUGCCCUACAGACGAGUGAACUUCCGACCGACCCCGGACCCCUUCUGCCAAGCGCGCUACACGUUCUGCCCCGACGGAGACCCGGGGGGUUCCAUCCCCGCCAUGGCCCCCGAGGAUGUGCUGGAAGUGUUCCUGCUCAAGGCGCCUGUCUGGGAGUUCAAGUUUGGCGACCUCCUGGGAAAAUUUAACAUUAUGCAUGAUGCCAUCGGGUUCCGGAGCGCGCUCACGGGACACGCCUUCACGCUCGAGUGGUACGAGCUCUUCCAGCUGGGGAACUGCACCUUCCCGCACCUGCGUGCCGGUCUCAACGCACCAUUCUGGUGCAACCAGGGUGCCGCCUGCUUCUACGCCGGCCUGGACGAGCGCCACUGGCGAGAGAACGGCACCAUGCUGAAGGUUGCCGAGGCCACAGGUGAGACGUUUAACAACUUGGCCAAGUGGGUACGGCACGACAACGACACGGGCGUCUACUACGAGACAUGGACGGUGCGGAGCGGUGAGGAGCCCAACGCCACCUCGUGGUUCGAAUCGUACGACUGCUCGCGCUUUGUACAGCGCACCUACAGGAGGCUCGCCGAGUUGGGGGCGAUGUUCAAGCCAGGCCUGCGCACACACUACACGCGCCUCAACCUCUACUGCGGGCAGCCCCAUCUCCUGGGCAAUGCCAGCACCAUCUUCGGGACGGCGUCGAAGGAGGCCAUUAAGCUGGCAAAGGAAAUCCGCAGCUUCUACACCAAUUUCCAGCCAAACCAAUCGCUGCUGGGGCUGCUAAUGAGCGUGUUAAAUGCUUACGGGGAGGUGGUCUUGCAGCACCGCUUCUUUCUUUACUAUAACUCUGAGUACUGGUUCCUGCCCAUGAAGCCACCGUUUGUGAGCGUAACGUACGAAGAGGCACCGCUGCCUUAGCUAGAACCCCCGCCGCCAUGGCUCUUGUGGCGAUGGGCGAGUGUGGUUGUGGUGAAGAUGAAAUCACUCGGGAUGCACCAUUUUUAUAAUUGAUCCGGCUAUGCCUGGAUGAUUUAUGACCCAGAAUGCACCCAAUUUCCAUCACUUCUUAGAAGCUAAGAUGAGUUGUGCCUGGAUGGGCAACCACGGUGCAUGACAUGUUAUAGGCUACGGGGCUGCAUGGUGGGCAGUGCAGCAAAAUCCAUUGUACUAUACCUCUAUGCUUGCAUUCCCUAACCCAUGACCUACACGGUGGGGAGAGGCCCUCAUCCAGCAGUGGAUUAAUAAGAGCUUUAUAUGUACACAUGUUGAAUUAUGUUUUGACAUAGUUGCACUGUGGGUGUGAUGCACCAUUGGGUUUGUGCUUUCCACAAUUUGCAGCAAGCGAUGUGGCCUCUUGAGUGAACGUUUUGUUUCGAUUGCACUGAAUGAUAGCAAAUGCACUAACUGUACGUGUCAAAAUGAAAUUGCAAUAAGAGUAAUGAAGAUUUUUUUGAAGAGCACUGUCGUUGACUUAUAACUUCCUCAUGCUAUACACAAAUGCAUUAGUUUUGUAAAUUUUGUAUAUGGUUGGAAUAACCCUUUUAGGGCCACACCACUUUACGUAUUGUAAAUGAUAACCCCACAAUUGCUUCAAUCAAGUAACUUUUAUUAAACUCUUUGACAUUUUAAAA